CGUGAACUAGGUAGGCGGAGCUUUUGUAAACUACUGUACCCGUUGUUAUGGCGGCGGGUGCGGGAACUGUGAAUGAAUUCACCGGGCGGAAGAGGAAACAAGAAGCCGGUGACCCCAGCAAAAGAGACUGGUCCCGAGCCCCCUUCUGACGAACAGCAGCCGUCUGCCCCGCCCUCGCUGCAUAAGCGGAACUUAUACAUCUUCUCUUACCCAGUGCUAGCUGUUUUCUCGCUUCUGCGAUUCAUCGCCUUCCAGCUUGGGCUGCUGUUUGUUUGGUGUUGUGAACACCUGUCCCGCAGGGUCAUGGCGGACAAGAGGCACUCGGCAGCCAGUAAGCUGACCGAGCAUAGCGCAGCAAAUUGCGGAACAGCCAUAGCUCGGAACGGGCCCCAGGAGCCAGAAGUGGUGCGGGGCUAUCAUCAGCAGGCCUUUCACUAUAUUUCUCUGGCACUCCGUAUAGACGAACAGGAGAAAGAUCAAAAGGAGAGAGCUGUUGAAUGGUAUAAAAAGGGGAUUGAAGAACUGGAAAAAGGAAUAGCUGUGCAAGUCACAGGACAAGGAGAACAGUUUGAAAGAGCACGACGAUUGCAAACAAAAAUGUCAACAAACUUGAUAAUGGCAAAGGAUCGCUUGCAACUCCUAGCAAAGCUGCAAGCAGAUAUGCAAAGUCAAAACCCGCAAAUGGAGGUCUGUAAUGACAGUACUAACCUACCUUGCCGCAAUGGACAUCUAAAGCCAGAAAAAGGUGCUGUUCCAAAAAAAAAAGAUCCGGCACCGUUGUCAAGCGGUUCUUUUUCUCGUGCAAAGCCUGCCCCCAAAACUGCAUCCCCAGGGGUUUCAACGCAGCCUAGGAUACCCUAUAGUACUGGUGGCUCCGCCUCAUCUAGACAAGCUGGUGUCAACACAUCUAACAGGGGCGCAUCAGGAAAAAAUAGCUCAAGAUCAAACAAGCCAUCCACUCCCACUACUGCCAUCAGGAAAAAGGACAUGAAGAAUUUAAGAAAUGUAGAUAGCAAUCUUGCAAAUUUAAUUCUGAAUGAAAUAGUGGACAGUGGUCCUUCUGUGAAAUUUUCUGACAUUGCAGGACAAGAUCUUGCUAAGCAGGCACUACAAGAGAUCGUUAUUCUACCUUCCAUACGACCAGAGUUAUUCACUGGGCUGAGAGCCCCAGCACGGGGACUGCUUUUGUUUGGUCCUCCAGGAAAUGGAAAAACUAUGUUGGCAAAAGCAGUAGCAGCAGAGUCAAAUGCAACAUUUUUUAACAUAAGUGCGGCAAGCCUUACUUCUAAAUAUGUAGGAGAAGGGGAAAAGCUGGUGCGUGCUCUCUUUUCAGUGGCUAGAGAACUACAACCAUCUAUCAUUUUCAUAGAUGAGGUCGAUAGCCUGUUAUGUGAAAGAAGGGAAGGAGAGCAUGAUGCUAGUAGGCGGUUAAAAACAGAAUUUUUAGUGGAAUUUGAUGGUGUGCAGUCUGGGGGUGAUGACAGAGUCCUUGUCAUGGGGGCAACCAACAGACCUCAGGAGCUUGAUGAUGCUGUUCUCAGAGCUAAAACCUGAACAGGUAAAAAAUAUGUCUGCAAGUGAGAUGAGAAAUAUUAAGUAUUCUGAUUUCAUGAGCUCCUUGAAGAAAAUUAAGCGCACUGUCAGCCCUUCUACCCUGGAUUCAUACAUUCAAUGGAACAAAGAAUUUGGGGAUACAACAGUUUGAAAGGCAGAGACUGUUCUUUCUAGAGACUAGAAAUGCUUCACUAUUUGCAGUUCAGCUCAUCUUGAGGUCGAGACUUUGGAGAUGUUUGAAUUUAAAAACACAACAGAAAAAAAAACCCUCAUAUUGAGCACUAAAAUUACAGAAGUUUGAACAAGCCAACUACUGUAAAAAUAAUUUCUAAAACUUGGAAGAUAUUAACAGGGCGUUUAUGCCUUUUGCUUCCAUAUUUACUCACAGGCACUCUUUUUUUUAAGUUGGAGCGCUGUAUGAGGAAUUAAAACAUGUGGUAUAAGGCGGAGUCUUCACUAAUUUGCUGAACAUUGUUAUAUCUACCCUCAACUAGUAAUGUCAAUGUCACCGACAUACGCGAUCCAAUUAUUCGGCAAUAGGAAGAAAUUGUGCCUUGGAUUUCUGUUCUUACUCAUAAUUGUACCUGCCUCUUCUUUUUAAUACUUUACUGAAUAUAUAUUGUACACUUCUAAACAUCUACUGAUUGCAACUUUUUUGUGGGGGGGCGGUGGAUUUUGUAUCUUUUUUUCCUGUAGGGGGAGGAUUUAUAAGCCUGCUUUCCUUUUCUUGAUGUGCCAAAGGAUACAACUGAUGUAUAUAGGUCUGUCACCUUUCAGUAAUGAGAACUCUAGACAUAGAUUUAAUAUAUAAUUUAGUUUAUCUGAGAAGUUUAAUACUUUCACAGUGUUCAUGGAAUUUUAAAUGUAUUAACCGUUUGAUGUACUGUUACUGCAGUUCUGAUGUCUGAUUUUGCGUCAUUAAAAUUGGACAGAAAUUUUAGAACAACCUCAUAGUUUCAAUUAUAACUUAAAUGUUCAGUACAUUACUGGAGAGAUGGCGAGCCUAAAUGCACGAGAGAAGAAUUAUAAAAAUCCUAUUAUUUAAGCAUAUGAAUAAAAUGUGAAGCACCUGGCUUGCUUUAACUAAUCUGUCAACAUAACCGAGUUCACCACUUAUAUGUGAAAAGGCUGUUUAAGAUUUUGCAUGGGAAGUAUGUUUCAAAAUAUUUUAAAGAUGGUGCUAGGUACUUUUUUCACAAAUGAAGGGUAAUUUAAAUUAGCUUUUUUUUUUUUCUUCUAAAUCUGUAAGAUGCAAAAGGCAAAAAUAAACCUACCACAUA